UUGUAGGAUUAGGCUAUAUUGCUUGGUGUGUUGGCGCUGUGCUGCACGACCAUGGGACUAUUUUAAAGAACAGUUGUGCGCGCAAUUUGCUAGUCUCUCGUGAUGCAUCGGAGUGUCCUGUUCUGUCUUGCGUGCCUGCCCGUUCACCUGCUGGUUGUGGCAGCGCCGACUUCUAACAAACUCUAUAACGUCCAUUAUGGUAACGACAACGUCGGCAAAUUUUGGCACAUAUCAGACUUGCACCUCGAUCCCUCUUACCAUGUGACCAAGGACCCCACAAAAGUGUGCCUCUCCUCUUCGGAACGCCCUGCGUUUGACCCCGGGGCAUUUGGCGACUACAUGUGUGACUCGCCAUAUCAGCUCAUCUCGUCCGCAUUCCAGUUCAUGAAACACCAAUCACCCCAGCCAGACUUCAUGAUAUGGACAGGGGACAGCCCCCCUCACGUUCAAGCAGAGGAGCUCUCUACCCAGCAGGUGAUCGACAUCCUUGCCAACACCACCCACACCAUCCGAGAGCUCUUCCCCUCUCUGCCUGUCUACCCUGCUGUAGGAAACCAUGACUAUUGGCCCCAGGACCAGUUACCCACGACAACAAAUGAGAUUUACCAGGCGGUUGCCAAACUCUGGGCAGGUUGGCUGGAGCCGGAGGCGCUUGCUACCCUGCGUGAAGGUGGCUUCUAUUCUCAACUGAUCCGGCCCCAGCUGCGGCUGGUGAGCCUCAACACCAUUCUCUACUAUGGCCCCAACAACGUGACCGAAAACAUGACUGACCCUGCCGGGCAGCUCAAGUGGCUGCAGAACACUCUAGAAGCCUCAAGGCAAAACAUGGAGAAGGUCUAUAUCAUUGCACACGUUCCCAUCGGUUACUUGCCGUACGCCAUGGACACCACAGCCAUGCGGGAGGUGUACAACGAACGCCUCGUGGAGAUGUUCCGCGACUACAGUGACCUCAUUUCCGGACAGUUCUAUGGGCACACGCACAGGGACAGCAUAAUGGUCAUGCUGGGUCGCCAAGGUGAACCGCUGGGCUCGGUGUUUGUCACGCCAUCCAUCACGCCCUGGAGAGGCGGCCGGGAUGCGUACUCCAACAACCCUGCCGUGCGAAUGUACCUGUACGACCCGGCGGACUACGGCGUGCAGGAUGUCUGGCAGUACUACCUCAACCUGACCGAGGCCAACCGCGCGGGCAGCCCGGCUUGGACGAUGGAGUACUCGCUGACCCAGGCCUUCGAGCUGCCGGACGCCCGGCCCCCGAGCCUGCACAAGCUCGGCCUCGCCCUCGCCCAGCCCCGGAGCAAGGCCUUCCGCAAGUACUUCAACUACUUCAUGGUCAGCUUCGACGACACCAUCACGUGCGAGGGCUUCUGCAAGGCCAUCCAGGUCUGCUCCCUCCUGUUCGUUGACCGCGACUCUUACUCGGCGUGUAUGAAACACCAGAGAGGAGACGGGGACAGCAGAUUGAGCAGCAGGCUAUUUCACAGUGCUGCCAUUUUAUAAACAAAGAAACAGACUGACAAACGGUGAACACAAUGGCGGUUGGUUGUGUUGUUCUUUUAAAGGGAAAGUUCACCAUUUUCUGUUACGGGUCUCUGACACAGAUGGAUGUAGGGUUUUGAUUAAAAAGGGAUAUUGAGAAAAGCCUAUUGCACUGACUCGUAAGUUGAUUUUAGAUCAGAUACAGUGCCUGGGAGGAUGGCUGAUUGAUUCAGGACUAAUCAGGGUUCAGCUGAUUUCCAUAAUGACAACUGCUAAAUGAAGAAUGACUUUUUUUGUAAAGUGAGACUUCAUGAAUAAAGACUCUUUUGUAAA